GACUACGCUCGGCUACGCCCUAUUCAUAUUCGUCAAAGUGUGUUAUUCCGCCACCAACAUAGGCCUCUCAGAUACUGCCGUUAUGGAUAUGAUGGUGUCCACACUGCAACAGCAGCGUGCUGUAACUGAGCAGUUGAGAAGAGAAGCUGCCAUAAAACGCAUUCCAGUUUCUGCAGCUGUGGCAGACAUUGUGAAGUUUAUAAAUGAACACGAGCAAGAAGACUGCUUGCUCGUUGGUUUUUCGAGUCAGAAAGUAAAUCCUUUCCGCGAAAAAAGUUCUUGUACCGUUCUGUAAAACAUUUGAAGAAAAUGUGUUUAUCUGAAUAGUGAUAUAACAGAGGGAAUUGUCUAUCACAACAAGGUUUAGUAUGGAUUCUGAUUGAAACUACUAUUUAUAGUAUUCUAAUAUGAUUUAUUGACUUCUUUUAAAUUUCAUAAUUAUUAUAGACAAAUAUUUGUUUGUAAAAUGAUUGUUAAAUAAUAAUACAUAUUUUUAAAAGAUAUAUGUAUACUUAUUAUGUAAAGAUUCUGAAGUAAUAUUUUGCUCAUAUAAUAGUGUAAUGUAAUCAGUUCAAGUUAAUGUAUGUAUUCAUCUAAUUUAUUAUUUUCUUGUGGUUACAGAUAAUUAAAAUUUUAAUCAUGUA